AUCAAUUAGUGGCAGGUGGAUCAAUGUUUGACUAAAUUCCAGAUUUGGAAAAAAUACAGACAGCCUUGUUUUCGGGCAAUUUCAUGGCAGUGUUUUUGUUUAAUCAAACAAUAAAAAGUUUAUUUUUUUUUUGCGGCAUAAUGACAUCCAGCACAAGUGAAAAAUCGGACGGAAAUCUGAGAAAACUGCAUGAAUGCUGUAGUGGCACGUCCUGCCCUUGCACCAGACAGCGUGGCUUAUCUCGCCAUUUCGGCUCUGUAAAUCAGCAGCUUCCCUCUGCUUGCGGGCCGAGACAAAGCAACAGGGGUGACGUGUGGAGAGACGGGCUGCAGCACAUCCCAGAAUCCAGGAGACGAACGCUCGAAAAAGCAGGUCAAAGGCCAUUGGCAUUUCCCACAGCUCUGGUCAAGUGUGAUGUCAGAGAGGUCACAGAGCAAAAGAAUAACAUAACCCCAUGGUGGACGUCCAUGAAGAUAGAUCUGACAAGGCUUGCGAGUGACAGCUCUGGUUCCGUGCGCGAUCUCCCCGGUGUCCCCCCGCCCUCCGUCUCAGCCAUGAUGAAGCCAGCCCCACUGGCCUGGCUCCUGCUGGCCCUGGUGCUGGUCCUGGUGGACCCGCCGGGCUGCACCGCCUUCACCACCAGGGGCCAGAGCCUGCGGGGCCGGGUCCAAAGGGACCGGAGGAACAUUCGACCCAACAUCAUCCUCAUCAUGACCGACGACCAGGACGUGGAGCUGGGCUCCCUGCAGGUGAUGAACAAGACCCGCAAAAUAAUGGAGGACGGCGGGACGACGUUCACCAACGCCUUCGUGACCACGCCCAUGUGCUGCCCGUCGCGCUCCUCCAUGCUGACGGGGAAGUACGUGCACAACCACAACACCUACACCAACAACGAGAACUGCUCCUCGCCCUCCUGGCAGGCGCAGCACGAGCCCCGCUCCUUCGCCGUGUACCUCAACAACACCGGCUACAGGACCGCAUUCUUUGGGAAGUACCUUAACGAGUACAAUGGCAGCUACAUUCCGCCCGGGUGGCGGGAAUGGGUGGGGCUCAUCAAAAAUUCCCGCUUCUAUAAUUACACCGUCUGUCGGAACGGCUACAAGGAGAAACACGGCGCGGAGUAUUCCAAGGAUUAUUUCACAGAUCUGAUAACCAACGACAGCAUCAACUUCUUCCGGACGUCCAAGCGGAUGUUCCCGCACCGGCCGGUGAUGAUGGUGAUCAGCCACGCCGCGCCGCACGGGCCCGAGGACUCCGCCCCGCAGUACUCCAGCCACUUCCCCAACGCCUCCCAGCACAUUACACCCAGCUACAACUAUGCACCCAACAUGGACAAACACUGGAUCAUGCAGUACACAGGCCCGAUGAAGCCCAUCCACAUGGAGUUCACCAACUUCCUGCAUCGCAAAAGACUUCAAACCCUCAUGUCUGUGGAUGAUUCCGUACAGCGGAUAUACGAGACUCUGGUGGAGACGGGGGAGCUGGACAACACCUACGUCAUCUACACGGCGGACCACGGCUACCACAUCGGCCAGUUCGGGCUGGUGAAGGGGAAGUCCAUGCCCUACGACUUCGACAUCAGGGUGCCCUUCUUCGUCCGGGGCCCCAACGUGGAACCAGGAGCAGUCAAUACUCAGCUGGUGCUGAAUAUCGAUUUGGCUCCCACCAUCCUGGACAUCGCGGGGCUGGACACGCCUCCCGACAUGGACGGCAAGUCCAUCCUCAAACUUCUGGAGCAGGAGCGAACGGGGAACAGGUUCAAACCAAACCGGAAAGCCAGAGUCUGGAGAGACACAUUCCUGGUGGAAAGAGGGAAAAUCCUGCGCAAGAAGGAGGACGCUGGCGGCAGCCUGAGCACCCAGCAGACCAACAGCCUGCCCAAGUACAAGAAGGUGAAGGAGGUGUGCCAGCAGGCCGAGUUCCAGACCCCCUGCGAGCAGCCCGGACAGAAGUGGCACUGCGUGGAGGAGAUCACGGGGAAGUGGCGCAUCCAGAAGUGCAAGGGCUCGCCCAAGGAGGGCCCGCGGAAGAGAGCGAGGAGCCUGCGGCCUCGGGCGUUCGACGGCCGGGAGAAGGACUGCGACUGCGGGGAGGGCCAGUACAGGACCGGGCGGGGCGACCGGCGAGGCCACCGCCACUUCUCCCACUCCGGCAGCCAGCGUUAUAGGCCGCGGUUUGUGCACACGCGCCCCUCCCGGUCGCUGUCGGUGGAGUUCGAGGGGCAGAUCUACGACAUCGACCUGCAGGCGGACGACAAGUCGGCUCUCCGCCCGCGGAACAUCAGCAAGAGGCACUACGAGCAGGAGGAGGAGGAGGGGGAGGAGCUGGACUUCGACCUGGAGUCGGACGACGCCUCCGAAGAGAUGCUGGCCGAUGACACCAACGCGGUGGGCUACCCAAACUCCGUCAAAGUCACGCACAAGUGCUACAUCCUGAUGAACGACACAGUGCACUGCGAGCGGGAGAUCUAUCAGUCCUCCAGGGCCUGGAAGGACCACAAGAGCUACGUGGAUCAGGAGAUCGAAGCUCUUCAGGACAAGAUCAAGAACCUGCGGGAGGUCAGAGGUCACCUGAAGCGCAGGAGGCCUGACGAGUGCGACUGCGGAAAGAGGAGCUACUAUAGCAAAGUGAAAGGGCUGAGAAACAAAGCUGAGAGGUUGAAGAUCAAGAAUGACCAUCUCCACCCGUUUAAGGAGGAGGUUGACGGGAAGGCUCAGCUCUUCAACGAGAUCCGAAGGAGGAAGAAGGAGAGGAAGCUGAAGAAGAGGCAGAAGAAGGGAGACGACUGUAGCCUGCCUGGACUGACCUGCUUCACACACAACAACGACCACUGGCAGACCGCACCCUUCUGGAACUUGGGUGGAUUCUGUGCCUGCACCAGCUCCAACAACAACACGUACUGGUGCCUACGGACAAUCAACGAGACGCACAAUACCCUCUUCUGCGAGUUUGCCACCGGAUUCUUGGAAUACUUUGACCUGAACAGCGAUCCUUACCAGCUGACAAAUGCGGUUUACUCAGUGGAGAGGGAGGUCCUGAACCAGCUCCACGCACAGCUGAUGGAGCUGCGCAGCUGCCAGGGACACAGACAGUGCAACCCUCGACCCAAAGGCCAGGACGCAGCUCACAGCCAGCAUGGGACACACGGAAAGGCUAAACUCCCCAACUUCACCGAGGACGUCAACUGGCAAGGACUGGAGGACCUGUACAGCGUGAACGACAGCCUGUAUGACAACAGGCCUGACUACAGUCCCAGCCUGGACGACUGGACUAACUUUCAGAAGGAUGUAGAUAGUAUGUUUGCACUGCUGAGAAAUUUAAAGGAACUAAACCAAACAGACAAACUUGACCCCCUGGCAGAGUUGGGUUCGGGGGCCGCGGGACUGGAGGAGUCCAGCGGAGCGGGGGCCCCCGUCCGGGAGGCGUGGCCAGUAGCCGCCACGCCUAAACCCGCCACCCCCCCAGCUCCCCGCAGCCCAGCCCCCCGCGCGCCCGAGAAGAAACUUGAAUCCCAAAACGACAUCCCCGAGAGGCCCUGGGGCAGGGCGGGCCCGUGGAGGGGAGCCCCGAGGGACAGCUGGGCCCAGCAGCUGGAGGAGGGGCUGGAUGGAGACGGGCUCAUCUUCAGCGGUAACGGCUUCACCGAGCUGGAGACCCGGCACGACUUCCUGCUGCGCUCCUCCUCCACCCUGCAGGCCGACCUGCCCCCGCCCCGCGGCCGGCCCCACGACCAGGACCAAGAGGACAUUUUCCAGGCCCAGGGCUACCUCCCCCUCGCCCCACAGACUGUGACAUCCACAGCGCAGGCCGGGAGGGGCGUGCCCGACCAAACACACGCCCACCAGGGCGGGGCAGAGGGCCGGGACCCUCGGGACUGGGAGGCCAGCGGCCUUCCCCCCACAAGUCACUGAGGCUCGCCUGCUUGCCCCCACACUGUGGAGCCAGAAGAGCCAGAGACAUACUUCUGCAGUGUGGAGUCAGGCUCAUUGCCUUGGAACAUGAUUUAGAACUGUAUUAUAAAUCAUAAUGUUAUUAUGUUUAUUUUUUUACAGGUGCCUCUGGUAAUUAGAAAUCAGUGUUAUGUUUAUAUAUAUACAUUUAUAUAUAUAUAUAUAUAUAUAGAAAAAGAUUAAGCCUAAAUGCAGUUGCAAUGAAAUAUUGGAUUUAAAUUUUAAAUGCCAUGUGGCUAACUCCAUUAAAGUAAUGUUUUUUAAUAUAUUUUUUAUGAAAUACAGGUCAAAUAAAUGGUGAAACCAUUCAGUGCACUCCUUCAUAAAAGAAACCACUGUCAGAUUGUUCAGUUUACUUAAAAUGCACUUUUAAAAUAUUUGCCUUUCAGCAAACUGCUGUUUACCUUAAAACUCUGCCUUUUUAAAAUGUAUUUGAAAUAACCUCCACCAGAUUUUGCCAAAACAUAAAAUGAACAGCUUGGUCUUCACUGCAUUCAAUAAAGUUCUGUAUAAAAAAUAUAUAUAUAUAUAUUUUUAUUGCUAAUGGACACCUGUCUAAAUGGCGGAACUAUGAUAAGCUGAAAAAUACUAGUAUUUAUAAACCAGGGGUUCAGUUCAAGUGUGCAUUCUUUCAAAUAACUUAUUCUCCCUCAAAAUCACAAAGGUCAACCUGAAAAUAUUCAUAUUUAUACCCCAACAAAAGACAUUAGAUUUUACCUUUGUGUUCACUGCUCUGACCCAGUACAUGCAGUUUGUGCCAUUCCAAAAAAAAAUGUGAAUGGAUGACACGUUCAGCUCUUUCCCUGCUUUGAUUGUAAAGAGCAUUGCUUUACAAAUCAGUUCUGCUUCUGUACAUUCCCCCCCUUCCAAAUUUUGCUUGGAUUAGGUGGUUACUACUGAGUAAACGUAUCGAAAGUUUUCUAAUGUAGUGCCUCAGGAAAGCCAAGAAGCCAUUUUGUAAUACAUGCUUUUCAGUAGCAUGAACUUAAUCAUGACACCGCACACUAGGAUUGUUCAUGGCAGCGUAGUGUAAUGGUUUGGUAACUUGGUUUGUAACUCAAAGACUUCAAUUCCCAGGUGGGGCACUGCUAUUGUACCAUUAAGUAAUGUAUAUAACCUCAAUUGCUUCAAGUAAAAAUAUUCAGCUGUGUUUGUUUUA